AACGAAACAAAUGAAUAACUGCAAGUGCGCAUGUCUUAUUUAGAGUCUGUGCUGUGGUUGUCCGUGGUGGUCGGUUUUCAUUUUAUCAGAUGUUUUUUCAAUUUUCAACUAUUUUUGUUUAGUUCCCAAACAAAUAAUUCUAAAAUUGCUUCAAGUAACAGAACUAACCAGUGGAUAAGAAAAAAUAGGCCCGCAGAAAAUAUUGUCUACAAGAGAGAAGGAACGAUCAAUUAAGGCUACAACUGGAAGAAAAAAGAGAGAGAGAAAGAGGGAGAAGUGGAUGAUGAAAAUAUUCCCACGCUCUUGGGGUUCUUGGGUUACAAGUGUACGUAUCAUGUGCAUGUGAAAUUCCAGACUAAAGAUGAACGCAUCAGGACAGGAACGCGGGCACGCUGUCGUCGUGUGGGAGUGGGAAAACCGACAGUCUCGUUGGAGACCUUAUAGCCCCGAUGUGUCUCAGCAUCUCGAAAGAGCGCAUACCAAAAAGUUAACUAGGGUUUAUCUUCAUGAUGCCGAUCCUACCCUUGAUAAGUACUCCAUCAAUUUAACAAGCAACACUCAGUGUAACGAUGAUGGGACUGAAAUUCAUAAUGUACGCCGACAACUUUAUUCACCAAAUUCACCUGCUGGGAGAGGUGCUAAAUGGGAAUGGGCGGGAGACUCUAAUGAUUGGCAUACUUAUGAUAUGGAAGUUCAAUGCUUGAUUGAGGAAGCCUGGGCAGCUGGAAGUAAAUCAAUUGAUGUAUCAAAAUCACCCUUGGGAUUUCCAUACAUUAUAAAUUUUCUUAAUUUAACUCAAGUAAGAUGCUCUAGCGGCUUCGUAAGAAAAAUACGUCGUGUUAAUCAGGCUCCUUACCCUCUAGUCAAAGUUGCUCUUGAAGAACUUCCGUCUUCUGUUGGAAGUGGACGUAAAUCGUCCAAUGCGCUUGUUAAGCCUCCAAGUAAAUUACCUAAGAAACAACCUUGCGGAAGCAGCAGCAGUGGCACUAAAAAAAGUAAUAAAAAGAGCAAAAGCAGCGAUAAUAGUCCUUCGAACCUAGCGCGAUCGAUUUUUAGCAACUUGAACAUCUUUACCAGUAAAAACACCGAGAGCAAUUCGACUCCUGUAGAUGAGCCAUCUAACAAACGCAAGACAUGGGAUACUGUUCUGGAUGUAGACUCGAGUAGCACCAAGAGUGGAAGACGUCCAAGUGUCGACACAGUCUCGACUUAUCUGAGCCACGAGAACCCAGUAGAUCUGUUGGACAGCAGUGUAGGAAGUGAUGAUGCUUUUAAAGAUUUUGUAGUCAACGUCGAGCGUACACCUGAUGUUAUUUCACAGUAUGUCAAAGUCGUCGAGAGCGAGGGUGGAGACUCGUGUCCAGUUUGCUUGGGCACUCCAGAGCCGCUUACUGUCGAACUCACUCGCUGCCAUCACAGACUUCAUUUAGCUUGCUUGAAUGCUAUGUUGAACACUCAAAUGCAACCUAUGUACAUUCAAUGCCCAGUUUGUAGAUUGAUUUAUGGAGAGAAACGAGGUAACCAACCGGCCGGAACUAUGAACUGGACAACGAUUCCUCGUCCUCUUCCAGGAUUUCCUCAUACUAAUACAAUUCAAAUUACCUAUGACAUUCCAUCUGGUAUCCAAGGACCAGAGCAUCCAAAUCCGGGUCAAGCUUUUUACGCAGUUGGUUUUCCUCGUGUUUGUUACAUUCCUGACAAUGAACUUGGCCGUAGAGUAUUGACAUUGCUCAAAAUAGCAUUUGAGAGACGUCUUAUCUUCACAGUAGGUCGAUCAGUCACAACCGGGCGUGAAGAUGUUGUUACCUGGAAUGAAAUUCAUCAUAAAACUGAACUAGGACCAUCGACGUCUGGUCACGGGUAUCCAGAUGUCAGUUAUCUUGAGAGAGUUUUGUAUGAAUUAGCUGCUCAAGGUGUUACUGAUGAACAAACUACCAAUAGUCUUUAUCAAGAGUUACAAUAAUAAUAAUAAUGACCAUAACAUUAUUAUUUUUUUUUUUUUAAUUAUUUUAUUAGCUCAUUAUUUUUCAUUAUUAAAUACUAACAACAUUUUAUUAUUUAUAUCU